GCUUUUCCUCACCACAAAACCAUAUCUGCCAGUUCCUCUUUGCAGUUCAAACUUUCUCUUGCAUUCUCUGCACAUCCUAAAAUCCCCUUCAUACAAAGAAAUGGCUUCAAUGAAGAUGAGAGUUUUGGUUGCAGUUUCUGCCUUAGUCAUGGCUGCUUCGGCUGUCCAAAAUGUUGCUGCUACUGAUGCACCAGCACCAAGCCCUACUUCUGAUGCAACUGCCUUUGUUCCAGCCGUUGUUGCUUCAUUGACCGCAGUUGCCUUCGGGUACCUCUUCUAAAGCAAAAGACGGAUUUAGCUUCUUCUUUGUUAAUUCAAGGAUUUGAUGACAAGUUUGUUUCUUGUAUUUAACAUUUGAUUUUGUGUCGCAUCAUUACUUUUAGGAGCAAAGAAAAUGUAAUUCAACUAGCAUCUCGGUUUUUGUGGGUGAGGUUGAUUUGCAUCAUUCUAGCUCUGAUGUCCGCUUGAUGUAACUCCAUAGCAAAUUGUUUGUAGAUCUCAAACUGUUUCAAUAAAUAUAUUUGUUUCAUUCCAAA